AUGGCUGUCACUAAGGUCUACAUUGUGUAUUACUCUUUGUAUGGACAUGUGGACACCAUGGCUAGAGAAGUGCUAAGAGGGGCUUCUGCAGUUGAAGGUGUUGAAGCAACACUCUGGCGGGUACCAGAGAUGCUCUCUGACCUAAUAUUGGAAAAGUUGAAAGCCCCUUCUAAACCAAAUGAUGUACCAGACAUAAGGCCAGAACAACUUGUAGAGGCUGAUGGUUUGAUAUUUGGUUUUCCUUCUCGUUUUGGCAUGAUGCCAAGCCAGCUCCAGGCCUUCUUUGAUGCCACUGGUGGGCUGUGGGCAUCUCAAGCACUGGCUGGCAAACCUGCUGGAAUCUUCUGGAGUACUGGUUUUUAUGGUGGAGGCCAAGAACUGUCAGCAUUGACAGCAAUAACUCAAUUAGCUCAUCAUGGUAUGCUUUUUGUUCCUCUUGGAUAUACUUUUGGAAGAGGCAUGUUUGAGAUGGAUGAAGUUAAAGGAGGCUCUGCUUAUGGGGCUGGAACUUUUGCAGGAGAUGGAUCUCGUCAACCUACUGAACUAGAACUGCAGCAGGCCUUUUACCAGGGUAAAUACAUUGCUGAAGUAACAAAAAAGCUAAAAGGCUAACCUCUCUGCCUAACAUAAGAUACUUUCAACUGUGAAGUUCUCAUAACUUUUAUUGGACAGGCUUGAGGUUACUUUUACUGAUAAACAAGAUGCAAAGGUCUUACGUUCCUUUUCUUUUUCUGGGUUAUGUGGCUGCAAGAAUAUUUAUCUUCUGAUGAAAUAAUAAGAUAUUUAGUAUUUACAAAGUAAGAAGAAAAUUGUGCAAAUUCUGAAACUUGGAAACAUCUUUAUUAGUAUGAGUUGUCAUGAAAAAUAUUACCUUACUAAUUAAUCAAUGAAGAAAUCACAUUUCAUAUGUA